GAGAGUCGCGCGUCGUCCCUUGAACCGCGAGGGAGACCUGCAUCAAAGAGCGAGCGAGAGAGCGUGAGCGCAGAGUUAUAGCCUGCAGCAGUGUGAAUCAACGAGCGACGAGAGAGAGAGUGAGCUGGUCGCCCGGCGUCCUCCUCUCCUCGAGCAAGAGCAUCCGCGAGCGCCGGAAGUGUCUCUCCGUGCAGCCGAGCGUGUACCACAGCACCACCAGACCAGAGAGAAGAGAUAUAUUCGCCGAGAUAGUAGACAUCGCAUACACUCACACACACCUAUACGCUAUCCACACUCGCACCGCGAAAGAGAAAGAGAGAGAGAGAGAGAGUCGAGUGCGCGAGUAUAUAGUAUAGAGAGUCAGUGGGUUGUUCAGUCGGCUAGAGAAGGAGCGCGCCUCGUCGUGGAAGAAGAGUAUCAUCGUCAGUAGAGAGGUGCGGAGACGUAGAACCAAGCGAGAGAGAGAACGACGCCGCCGCUAUGACGCAGCUACUGCCCAUAAGGUUCCAGGAGCAUCUCCAGCUCACCGCAGUGGGGAUCAAUGCCAACAAUGUCAGCUUCAACACAGUCACCAUGGAGUCGGACAAGUUCAUCUGUGUCCGUGAAAAGGUGGGUGACACCGCACAGGUGGUUAUCAUCGACAUGAAUGACUCCGCCAACCCCAUCAGGAGGCCCAUAUCUGCAGAUUCAGCCAUCAUGAAUCCUGCCAGCAAAGUCAUUGCUCUCAAAGCGCAAAAGACCCUGCAGAUCUUCAACAUCGAGAUGAAGUCAAAGAUGAAGGCGCACACGAUGGCGGAGGACGUCGUAUUCUGGAAGUGGAUCUCCCUAAAUACCCUGGCUCUCGUGACUGAAACCUCGGUUUAUCAUUGGUCGAUGGAAGGUGAUUCCCAGCCAAGCAAAGCUUUUGAGCGUCACUCUUCGCUCCAAGGUUGCCAGAUCAUCAAUUACCGCACCGAUGCCAAGCAAUCCUGGCUCCUUCUGAUCGGUAUCUCGGCGCACAACAACCGUGUCGUCGGCGCCAUGCAACUCUACUCGGUCGAGCGCAAGUGCUCCCAGCCGAUCGAGGGUCAUGCUGCCUCGUUUGCCCAGUUCAAGAUGGAGGGCAAUGCCGAGCCCAGCAAUUUGUUCUGCUUCGCCGUCAGGACCGUCCAGGGUGCCAAGCUGCACAUCAUCGAAGUUGGCACGCCACCGGUCAAGAACCAGCCCUUCCCCAAGAAGGCAGUCGACGUAUUUUUCCCGCCCGAGGCCGGCAACGAUUUUCCGGUCGCUAUGCAGGUGAGCUCAAAGUACGACGUGAUCUACCUGAUCACCAAAUACGGCUACAUCCACAUGUACGACAUUGAAUCAGCGACAUGCAUCUUUAUGAACCGCAUUUCUGGCGAGACGAUUUUCGUGACCGCAUCCCACGAGUCAUCGGGUGGUAUAAUUGGAGUGAACCGCAAGGGUCAGGUGCUCUCGGUCUCCGUAGACGAAGAAAACAUCAUACCUUACAUCAACGGUGUACUGCAAAAUCCAGAGCUAGCGUUGCGCAUGGCUGUACGUAACAACCUCUCCGGCGCCGAGGACCUCUUCGUGCGCAAGUUCAAUAUGCUCUUCCAGAAUGGACAGUACGCUGAGGCUGCUAAAGUCGCCGCAAAUGCGCCCAAAGGUAUCCUACGUACUCCUGGAACAAUCCAGAAGUUCCAGCAGGUGCCGACGACACAGGGUCAAACAUCGCCUCUUCUCCAAUACUUCGGUAUCCUUCUCGACCAGGGUCAGCUGAACAAAUACGAGUCACUUGAAUUGUGCCGUCCGGUACUCGUACAGGGCCGCAAGCAGCUGCUUGAGAAAUGGCUGAAGGAGGACAAGCUUGAGUGCAGUGAAGAGCUGGGCGACCUUGUCAAGCAGGUCGAUCCAACCCUCGCACUGAGCGUCUACCUCAGAGCCAACGUUCCCAACAAAGUGAUACAGUGCUUCGCCGAGACCGGUCAGUUCCAGAAGAUCGUGCUCUAUGCGAAGAAGGUUUCCUACACGCCUGACUACAUAUUCUUGCUGCGCAACGUCAUGAGAAUCAAUCCGGAUCAGGGUGUGCUGUUCGCACAGAUGCUCGUCCAGGACGAUGAGCCACUCGCUGAUAUUAAUCAAAUUGUCGAUAUCUUUAUGGAACAGAACAUGGUACAGCAGUGCACGGCGUUCUUGCUCGAUGCUCUCAAAAACAACAGACCCAGUGAAGGAGCUCUCCAAACAAGAUUGCUCGAGAUGAACCUCAUGUCCGCUCCUCAGGUGGCUGAUGCGAUCCUUGGUAACCAAAUGUUCACGCACUACGAUCGUGCGCACGUCGCCCAGCUCUGUGAGAAGGCCGGUCUUCUGCAACGUGCUCUUGAGCACUACACCGAUCUCUACGACAUCAAACGUGCCGUGGUCCACACACACCUGCUGUCUCCGGAUUGGCUGGUUGGUUUCUUCGGUACGCUGUCUGUCGAAGACUCGCUUGAGUGUCUCAAGGCUAUGCUCACCGCCAACAUGCGCCAGAAUCUUCAAAUUUGCGUGCAGAUCGCUACUAAAUACCAUGAACAGCUCACUACCAAGGCCCUUAUCGACCUUUUCGAGAGCUUUAAAUCCUACGAGGGUCUCUUUUACUUCCUUGGUUCCAUUGUCAACUUCAGUCAAGACCAGGAAGUACACUUCAAGUACAUCCAAGCUGCCUGCAAGACUGGCCAGAUUAAGGAGGUCGAACGCAUCUGUCGCGAAAGCAACUGUUACAGCCCAGAGCGCGUCAAGAACUUUUUGAAGGAAGCUAAGUUGUCUGACCAGUUACCGCUGAUCAUUGUCUGCGAUCGAUUUGAUUUUGUUCACGAUCUCGUACUUUACCUCUACCGCAACAAUCUUCAGAAGUACAUCGAGAUCUACGUGCAAAAGGUCAACCCAUCGCGUUUACCUGUCGUUAUCGGUGGUCUGCUUGAUGUCGAUUGCUCCGAAGACAUCAUCAAGAACCUGAUCCUCGUAGUGCGUGGACAGUUCUCUACCGACGAGCUCGUAGAAGAAGUCGAGAAGCGCAACCGCUUGAAGCUUUUACUUCCCUGGUUAGAGUCUCGAGUCCAUGAAGGAUGCGUUGAGCCAGCCACCCAUAACGCCCUCGCCAAGAUCUACAUCGACAGCAAUAACAAUCCUGAGCGUUUCCUUAAAGAAAACCAAUUCUACGAUAGCCGUGUCGUUGGAAAGUACUGCGAAAAGCGCGACCCGCAUCUAGCUUGCAUCGCUUAUGAACGUGGACAGUGCGACCGUGAGCUUAUCAGCGUUUGCAAUGAGAACAGCUUGUUCAAGAGCGAAGCCAGAUACUUGGUGCGCAGACGUGACCCCGACCUCUGGGCUGAAGUACUCCAGGAGAGCAACCCCUAUAAGAGGCCACUGAUCGAUCAAGUUGUGCAGACCGCUCUGUCGGAGACUCAAGAUCCUGAGGAUAUCUCCGUGACUGUGAGAGCCUUUAUGACGGCCGAUCUGCCGAAUGAGCUUAUCGAGCUGCUGGAAAAGAUCGUACUCGACAGCAGCGUCUUUAGUGACCAUCGCAACUUACAGAAUCUCUUGAUUUUGACGGCUAUCAAGGCUGAUAGGACCAGGGUUAUGGAAUACAUUAAUCGUCUCGAUAAUUACGAUGCUCCUGACAUUGCUAACAUCGCUAUCAACAACGAGCUGUAUGAGGAAGCAUUCGCCAUCUUCAAGAAAUUCGACGUCAACACCUCGGCCAUCCAGGUGCUGAUCGAGCAGGUCAACAACUUAGACAGAGCUUACGAGUUUGCUGAAAGAUGCAACGAGCCUGCCGUCUGGUCUCAACUUGCCCGCGCUCAGCUGCAGCAAGGUAUGGUGAAGGAGGCGAUCGACAGCUUCAUCAAGGCUGAUGACCCCUCUGCCUACGUCGAUGUCGUCGAGACAGCUCAUCGCACCUCUCACUGGGAAGAUCUAGUGCGCUAUUUGCAGAUGGCCCGCAAGAAGGCGCGUGAAUCCUUUAUCGAAUCUGAGCUCAUCUAUGCUUACGCCCGGACAAACCGCCUGGCCGAUCUUGAGGAAUUUAUUUCUGGUCCGAACCAUGCCGACAUACAGAAGAUUGGAGACCGCUGCUUCGACGACAAGAUGUACGAUGCUGCAAAGCUUCUCUACAACAACGUUUCGAACUUUGCUAGAUUGGCCAUCACCCUGGUGCACUUAAAGGAAUUCCAGGGAGCGGUGGACAGCGCGCGCAAAGCCAACUCGACGCGCACCUGGAAGGAGGUCUGCUUCGCUUGCGUCGACAGCGGCGAGUUCAGGCUCGCUCAGAUGUGUGGUCUCCACAUUGUCGUGCACGCUGAUGAAUUGGAGGAUCUCAUUAACUAUUAUCAAGAUAGGGGACACUUUGAAGAGCUUAUCAAUCUGCUGGAGGCUGCUCUUGGUCUCGAGAGGGCUCACAUGGGAAUGUUCACUGAACUGGCUAUUCUGUACAGCAAGUACAAGCCACAGAGAAUGAGGGAACAUCUGGAACUCUUCUGGUCUCGCGUUAAUAUUCCAAAGGUACUGCGCGCUGCAGAGUCCGCUCACCUGUGGGCCGAGCUGGUCUUCUUGUACGACAAGUACGAGGAAUACGAUAACGCGGUGCUUGCAAUGAUGCAACAUCCAACAGAAGCAUGGCGUGAAGGUCACUUCAAAGACGUUAUCACAAAGGUCGCGAACGUAGAGCUCUACUACAAGGCAAUUCAGUUCUAUGUAGAGUACAAGCCACUACUGCUCAAUGACAUCUUGCUGGUUCUGGCACCGCGCAUGGACCACACUAGGUCUGUUGCCUACUUCACUCGCACCAACCACUUGCAGCUGGUUAAGCCCUACCUGAGAUCAGUACAAGCACUAAACAACAAGGCAAUCAACGAGGCUCUAAAUGGUUUACUGAUCGACGAGGAGGACUACCAGGGUCUUAGGACCUCGAUUGAUGCCUUCGACAACUUCGACAACAUUGCGCUGGCGCAACAGUUGGAGAAGCACGAACUCAUCGAGUUCAGGAGAAUCGCCGCCUACCUGUACAAGGGUAACAACAGGUGGAAGCAGUCCGUCGAGCUGUGUAAAAAGGAUAGGCUUUUCAGAGAUGCAAUGGAGUACGCAGCUGAAUCUCGCAACCACGAAGUAGCCGAAGAAUUGUUAGAAUGGUUCCUUGAAAGAGGGUCCAAGGACUGUUUUGCGGCUUGUCUGUUCCACUGCUAUGAUUUGCUUCAUCCAGACGUUAUUUUGGAGCUCGCGUGGAGACACCAAAUCAUGCACUUCGCAAUGCCUUAUCUUAUUCAAGUAUCUCGCGAAUAUAUUACAAAGGUCGACAAAUUAGAGGAAGCUGAAAGUCGUCGCAUCGAGGAGACUGAUCACCAAGAACACAAAUCCAUGAUCAUGCCCGAGCCCCAGCUGAUGUUGACAGCCGGACCCGGCAUGAUUGCACCGGGCUACGCGCCUGCAGGUGUCUACGCUCCACCGGCACAAGGCGUCUAUGGAGCACCACCUGCUGCCGCGGCUUAUCAGACGUAUGGUAUGUGAGGUGCCACUCCGCCACUCUACGGCGCCAUGUAAGAUCAGCCAGCAGCAGCACCGUUCGCGAAGACGACGACGAUAACGACGACUUUUCUAUUCUAACAUUCAAGGAGAGAAAGAAACAUUAAUUAAGAAAAUAGGGGAGAUAUAAGGAGUUGAGAGAAAGAGAUUCCGCGGUUUUAGCUCACAUGGGACAUAAUAUCUAUCGCUGAAACUAGAGCUUGACGGGGAGAAUGAAACUGAGAGAAAGAGAAAUGAGUAUCGGUCACUAGUUGACAGACGUCUUUACGCUUAGAUUCUUCUUAUUGUUAAAAACUGACGAUAGAUAAAAGUAAUACAGAACCGAAAAAUAAGGAUGAUAAAAAAUGGCAAUUUAAUUCAUUGUACCAAAUACCAAUUAUAUUGCAAAUUUGUAGAUAAAAUACGAAAACGGUUAAAAAAUAUGGAUAAAUAAAUAACGAUUCGACUCUUGACGACGCUGGACUUCAACCACACCAUGGACGUAGUCAAGUUGAGAGAGUGAAAAGUAAAAUAUCUGUAAGUAAUGUUCCAACGCGUUAUUAUUAUUCUAUCACGUGAAAUUUAUUAAGAGAGAGGUGAAUUUUUUGGUGUUCUCUUUGCCUGCUGCGCUGUGCAAAAGUGCAAGACAUAGAACGUGAAAAAAAAUGAUUAAAAAAACAACAAUUGUAUAAAAGAAUGUAAUCGAGUAUGCGUAGUUCCGCUUGCAAAGCUGCUCCCUCAAAAGAGAAUAUUUGCGAAGCUCGACCCUAUAUAAAAAAAAAUGAAAUACUCCGUGUCAUCUCUUGUAUAACGAGUCGCGUACACGAUGCCGACGCUUGUUACGAGGUAAUUUGUAACGUGUAGUCUCGUCCAAUUUAUAAUUAUUAUUAUUAUUAUUAUUAUAUUACUUUUAUUAUUAUUAAUAUUAUUAUUGUUCUUUUUCAACCGUCUUGUCGAUUUUUAAAUUAUUUAUAUGGAAAAUAUGAAUCGAGGAGCGCGAAUCGCGAACGUUGCUUAUGUUAAUCACAGCUUGCAAAUGAAAGCGUUCAUUAGUAACUUGCUUGUAAACAAUUUAGUCCCUCGUUUUCUUCUUUUUUUUUAAUAAUAUCCAAGCGUAUUUUUUGUCGUACUCUUUUUGAAAAGAAAUCUUGUAUCUAUGUUUUUGUAAGACCGGCCUUGCACAUCUGUGCAAUGUAAACCUCGUCGCCCCCUUUCUUUGCCUUAAAUAUGAACAUCGACUAUUUGCCAAUAGAUUUGAGCCUGGAGGAUUAUAGAAUCGCAAACUAGGCAAUGGGACUCUCAAAAUAAAUCAUAAUGUCACAUCAGUACCCACGCUCAUAUUAAUUACAUACCACACAAUUUAUACAUGUUAUAAUGCAAGUCGAGUUUAUUUGGCACCUUAACAAAGUUAAUAAAAACCUAGCCAGUAAGACAAAGACUAAGUAACUGAGAUAAAUGAGUAAUCGUACUACGAAUUUCAGACAUUCCCUUCAUCGAAAUUUAAUAGUGAGAAUAAUGAGAAAAAUUCAGUAAAUAGGAAAAAAUUGAGUGGCACGGGACUACGCGAAUGAAAUGUAUUAGUUUCCCUCCUGGAGCGAAGGAAACACCUGCUGUUUUAAAAUCGUUCGCUCCAUCCGUUGUUGUUGUAUCGAUAUCACGAUUAUUUGAAUAUAUAUUAUGAAUUAUUAUUAUUAUUAUAAUAAUAAUUAUUAUUGCGUCGGAUGUUGGAAAUAAUAAAAGAACAAUAUAAAGAGCGAACGAGCGAGAGAACGAUAGAGCGAGUGAUAAAAAUAAUGCAGAGAAAAGGAGCAAAACGAUUAAUAAUUAUAUAUUAUAAAUACAUGAUUAUGUUAUUAUAUAUAUUAUACUGGUAAUUGAUAUAACAUGUAAUUAGUAGGUAUACAUAAUAUAAUGGUAUGAAAAUAAUGAACCGUAUUAACGUAAUAUGGAAAAAAAAAUAAAGAAUGUGAAAAAAAAA